CAAAAGCAUCGGCUCAAGUGGAGACCAGUAACCAUACACAUUCAUACGUUUUCUUACAAGAUAAGAUAAGAUAAUGUUAUUUCUACACCUUUCUUUAAUCCUGUGGCAGUUAACGACGAUAUCAUGAAAUCUUGAUCCUUUUGAUCAUUAGUGGUUUAUGCAUCUUGCGGUUCUCACUAUAUAUAGAUGACCAUAACAGUAGACAAACAAGUAAGUAAGAGAAAAGAGCAAAAAAGAAGUUGAAGUGUUAGUAAUGGCGUCCUCUAUGCUUUCCUCCGCCGCUGUGGUUACCUCCCCGGCUCAAGCCACAAUGGUCGCUCCAUUCACCGGCUUGAAGUCUUCCUCUGCAUUCCCAGUCACCCGCAAGGCCAACAAUGACAUUACUUCAAUCACUAGCAACGGAGGAAGAGUUAGCUGCAUGAAGGUGUGGCCACCAGUUGGAAAGAAGAAGUUUGAGACCCUCUCUUAUCUUCCUGACCUUUCCGACGUUGAGUUGGCUAAGGAAGUCGACUACCUUCUCCGUAACAAGUGGAUUCCUUGUGUUGAAUUCGAGUUGGAGCACGGAUUUGUCUACCGUGAGCACGGAAGCACACCCGGAUACUACGAUGGACGUUACUGGACAAUGUGGAAGCUUCCAUUGUUCGGAUGCACUGACUCUGCUCAAGUGUUGAAGGAAGUCCAAGAGUGCAAAAAGGAGUACCCUAACGCCUUCAUCAGGAUCAUUGGAUUCGACAACAACCGUCAAGUCCAAUGUAUCAGUUUCAUCGCCUACAAACCACCAAGCUUCACCGAUGCUUAA